UCUAAUUUCAGAAGAAGAAACUCGGUUUGGUAAGUAUCGUGUAAUUAGAUGUUUAUUUAUACUGUUGUACUUGGUAGUGAGAUUGUCACCAUUACCAUCAUCUUAAAAGUUAAUCAUUACGUCUUCUUUUCUUUUUCUUUUGACAUGUAAUUGUAUGAUUGUUAAGGUGAAUACUCCCAUCGAGCUGGGCUUUUUAGUGAAAGCAUGGUUUAGUAGCUUGGUUUUCAAGUGUAUAUCUUUAAGGAGAACUUUAAUAAUAAUAAUACGGGUAUCAUUUCCUUGUAGAGUUAGAACUCUUCUGUGCUUCGUUACUCUCUCGUGCAUGUUAGCCAAAUUUGGCAUCUCUCUAGGUGGGAUAAAUGUCCGAAAAAGUUUCAAAAAAGAAUAUUAACAUUUGGGUGGCAAAGAUUGUUAUCCUUUUCACGUUUUUCUUUGAAAUUGUCAUCUUUCUUACAUUUUACGGUACCAGUCUUCUGUUUAUUCAUGGAGCUGUAAAUGGUAGAGAGAUUGUCACCAUUAUUAUCAUUUUAAAAGUUGAUCAUUACGUCUUCUUUUCUUCUUUCUUCCUUCAUCUAAUUUCAAAAGAAGAAACUCGGUUUGGUAAGUAUCAUGCAAUUAGAUGUUUAUUUAUACUGCUGUACUUGGUAGUGAGAUUGUCACCAUUAUCAUCAUCUUAAAAAUUAAUCAUUACGUCUUCUUUUCUUGUUUAUUUUAAUCAGACAUAUUUUGGUGCUCUCCGUUUGGUAAGUAUCGUGUAAAUGCGUGAUUCAUAAGGUGAAUACUUCCGUUGACAUGUAAUUGUAUGAUUGUUAAGGUGAAUACUCCCAUCGAGCUGGGCUUUUUGACGAAAACGUGGUUUCGUAAUUUGGGUUCAAGUGUAUAUCUUUGAGGAGAAUAUUAACAAUACGGUUAUCAUUUACUUGUAGAGUUAGAGCUCUUCUGUGCUUCGUUACUCUCUCGUGCAUGUUAGCCAAAUUUGGCAUCUCUCUAGGUGGGAUAAAUGUCCGAAAAAGUUUCAAAGAAGAAUAUUAACAUUUGGGAGGCAAAGAUUGUUAUCCUUUUCACGUUUUUCUUUGAAAUUGUCAUCUUUCUUACAUUUUACGGUACCAGUCUUCUGUUUAUUCAUGGAGCUGUAAAUGGUAGAGAGAUUGUCACCAUUAUUAUCAUUUUAAAAGUUGAUCAUUACGUCUUCUUUUCUUCUUUCUUCCUUCAUCAAAUUUCAGGAGAAGAACCUCGGUUUGGUAAGUAUCAUGUAAUUAGAUGUUUAUUUAUACUGUUGCACUUGGUAGUGAGAUUGUCACCAUUAUCAUCAUCUUAAAAGUUAAUCGUUACGUCUUCUUUUCUUGUUUAUUUUAAUCAGACAAACUUUGGGGAUCUCGGUUUGGUAAGUAUCGUGUAAAUGCGUGAUUCAUAAGGUGAAUAUUCGCAUUGACAUGUAAUUGUAUGAUUGUUAAGGUGAAUACUCCCAUCGAGCUGGGCUUUUUGAUGAAAACGUGGUUUCGUAAUUUGGGUUCAAGUGUAUAUCUUUGAGGAGAAUAUUAAUAAUACAGUGAUCAUUUACUUGUAGAGUUAGAACUCUUCUGUUCUUCUUUACUCUCUCGUGCACGGCAGCCAAAUGUGGCAACCCUCUAGGUGAGAUGAAUUUCCGAAAAAGUUUCAAAGGAAAAUUAAUUACUUCGUGCACAUUAAUCUGAGAGGCUACAGUUGUCAUCGUUUUGACGUUUUUCUUUGAUUGUUGAAGUGAAUAUUGCGGCAUUAUAAUUUCGGUUGCUCUCUGAUUCAUAAGGUGAAUACUUCCAUUGACAUGUAAUUGUAUGAUUGUAAAGGUGAAUACUCCCAUCGAGCUAGGCUUUUUGAUGAAAACGUGGUUUCGUAAUUUGGGUUCAAGUGUAUAUCUUUGAGGAGAAUAUUAACAAUACGGUUAUCAUUUACUUGUAGAGUUAGAGCUCUUCUGUGCUUCGUUACUCUCUCGUGCAUGUUAGCCAAAUUUGGCAUCUCUCUAGGUGGGAUAAAUGUCCGAAAAAGUUUCAAAGAAGAAUAUUAACAUUUGGGAGGCAAAGAUUGUUAUCCUUUUCACGUUUUUCUUUGAAAUUGUCAUCUUUCUUACAUUUUACGGUACCAGUCUUCUGUUUAUUCAUGGAGCUGUAAAUGGUAGAGAGAUUGUCACCAUUAUUAUCAUUUUAAAAGUUGAUCAUUACGUCUUCUUUUCUUCUUUCUUCCUUCAUCUAAUUUCAGAAGAAGAACCUCGGUUUGGUAAGUAUCAUGUAAUUAGAUGUUUAUUUAUACUGUUGCACUUGGUAGUGAGAUUGUCACCAUUAUCAUCAUCUUAAAAGUUAAUCAUUACGUCUUCUUUUCUUGUUUAUUUUAAUCAGACAAACUUUGGGGAUCUCGGUUUGGUAAGUAUCGUGUAAAUGCGUGAUUCAUAAGGUGAAUAUUCGCAUUGACAUGUAAUUGUAUGAUUGUUAAGGUGAAUACUCCCAUCGAGCUGGGCUUUUUGAUGAAAACGUGGUUUCGUAAUUUGGGUUCAAGUGUAUAUCUUUGAGGAGAAUAUUAAUAAUACAGUGAUCAUUUACUUGAAGAGUUAGAACUCUUCUGUUCUUCUUUACUCUCUCGUGCACGGCAGCCAAAUGUGGCAACCCUCUAGGUGAGAUGAAUUUCCGAAAAAGUUUCAAAGGAAAAUUAAUUACUUCGUGCACAUUAAUCUGAGAGGCUACAGUUGUCAUCGUUUUGACGUUUUUCUUUGAUUGUUGAAGUGAAUAUUGCGGUAUUGUAAUUUCGGUUGCUCUCUGAUUCAUAAGGUGAAUACUUCCAUUGACAUGUAACUGUAUGAUUGUUAAGGUGAAUACUCCCAUCGAGCUGGGCUUUUUGAUGAAAACGUGGUUUCGUAAUUUGGGUUCAAGUGUAUAUCUUUGAGGAGAAUAUUAACAAUACGGUUAUCAUUUACUUGUAGAGUUAGAACUCUUCUGUGCUUCGUAACUUUCUCGUGCAUGUUAGCCAAAUUUAGCCACUCUCUAGGUGGGAAAAAUGUCCGAAAAAGUUUCAAAAAAGAAUAUUAAUAUUUGGGAGGCAAAGAUUGUUAUCCUCUUCGCGUUUUUCUUUGAAAUUGUCAUCGCUAUCAUUAUUUAAUAACUUGGUCAUCACUUUUAUUUUAAAUAGACUUUGAUUAAGAAUAUUGAUUAUUAGGUGAUUAUCCAUUUGGGAAGAUACAACUGCUCUAUAGUUACAUAAAGUUCCCGUGCAAGGCAGUUACAUGUGGCUUCUCCACAGAUCUCGUGAUGUUAUAUCUGUCUUAAAGGGAACCUCCCUACUCUUUCAUCAGUUAAAAGGGUUGACACGAGGGGAAAAUAAAAAUCAAAUGAGUGAUAAGGAAUAAGAGUGUUUUAACUAGACAGACACUGGCACAUGGCGAGGGUAGAAUUUGAAGUUUCACUUUUUUUUUGAAAAUUUCGACCGAGCGGGUGUUCAAUAAAUUUGCAGCUGAGAAAUUAAAUUGGUUUCUUCAACAUUUAAUACUGAAUAUGAGAAUUUUAAUAUAUGUUUUGUUUUUUUUUUAAUUUGAUAUUUAGUAAUUAUGUCUUGGGUCAAACACGAUGAUUUUUGCAUUUUCAUUAUUCACAGAAGUAACUGCCCUUAUGAGACUAGUCAGUGAGGUUUAGCUGGUGUAUUUUUUUUUUUUGCAUAGUCGUUAAGAGAAAUAUCUACUCCGGGUUAAAAAUUGUUUUUGUAUGAGAGAGUUGACUUUUCUACCUUCGAUGAUGCCUACUAUUUCAUCAGUUAAAAGGGUUGAUAGGAGGGGAAAAUAAAAAUCAAAUGAGUGAUAAGGAAUAAGUGUGUUUUAACUAGACAGACACUGGCACAUGGCGAGGGUAGAAUUUGAAGUUUCACUAAACUCUUGGAAAAUUUUUCAAAUUCAACUUCAUUAUGUUUACCAAACAGACUACCCAUAUGAACGGUGAGGUGGAUUGGCUUUAAAUAUGUUUCUUAGUGAUUGAGGCUUUUAACUCAAUUCUAAGGGGAAUUAAACUGAUGUCUAGUUUCUAUUUGACAAUCAUGAGGUUUUUUUCAAUAAUUGUAGUUGUUGGAUUACGCACCUAACCCAGUGCUGUGUCCUACCAAUGUGUGUUUUGUAAUAAACAGGUGUUCCUGAGGCUAAAAAUGGCGAUUACAAGUCGGCAAUCUCAGCUAAAGGACAGCCAAGGCGAAUAAGCGGUGGGUAUAUUUUUUAAAGAAAAUUGCGAACACAAGUGAAAAAAUGUAAUAUAAGCAACGAAUAAAAAGGAUGUUUUUAUCAGGCAGGCGUUGGCGAUUGGAGAGGACAAAAUUUAAGGUUUCAGCAAACUCAGGAAGAAACAGCGACUUAAGAGUAUGAUUAAAAAUGAAAGCUCACUUUAAUAGGUUCAACUCUCGCCCCUGCAAACUGUGUAUCAGUGAAGGAAACACUGUCAAAAUUUCAGAUACAACUAAUCAAAGGAAAUUUUUUCAAGAUUUCUUGGUGCAGACGAUUUUCCCUUGAUGGUUCUUGAAUGAAUGUUUUUUCUUAUUAUUAUUAUCAUUAUAGUUAUUGUCUUCUUUUUGUUUUUUCUGUAUUUAUAGGAUUAUACAGUGUAAAUCGUAGGCAGAGGGGUAAUUCAACUCAUUUCCGAAUGGAGCACAGUGCUCUAAAUGGAUCUAAAAGCAAGUGGAAAAUGGAGGUGAAGUUUAGGCCGAAAGGUAAUGAUGUUGCCAAAUGGCAAAAUAUAUCGGUAUAUUACCCGGGUGCCACAACAGAAAUAGACCAUAACUUCAUAAAUUUAACCAUUCCUUGGCCGGAAGAAGAACACGAAUUUGCUGUAUUCGGAACUCCAGAGAAAGAAGACAAAAAGCGAAUGCAACUGGGAAUCUUUGGUGAAAACCGAGCAAAAGGAAAGAACGCCCUGUUUCACGCAGUUUUCUUUGACGACACUUUGAUGGCAUUUAAGGUGAGAGGAAUAAAAAUGGAGGUUGUUUUAUUGUUGAUUUAACUUAUUUGCAAUUUGAGUUAAUUCACAUUAAAAACACUUAAAUAUAACUUUGGAAAUUGAAUAUCAAAAUUUGAUGUCGAAAGAAAUAUCAUUUCAGAGAAAAUUUAUUAAGGAUAUUAAUAAUGCACUUGUGGACACGAUUUCUCUCUGUACAAGUGAGUAAGGCGCUUCUUUUUUUCUUUUUUUUUUUCUGUGUAAAAUUUUAAAGCAAUGAAGUUAUCAUCUUUUCGUUACCUCAGCUCAUAGAAGUGCUUAUGCAAUUUAGAAAUAAAGCCAGACUCUGUCUACAUUUUUUCGCUUCAAGAAAUCGUGAGAAGGUUGUGUUACUGAACUGGUCGUGUUGUGUAAAUGUUUAAUAUCCUGAUUUAAUUUGAUUUUCCCCCUUUUUCGUAAACAGAAUGUGUGCAGUAAGGAAGAAUCUGACGGUCGCCACUUGUUGACAACCCUAGGGGGACUUUUUGUGUCCAUCAGUGAUGAAGAUAUAAAGAUUGAGGUCAGCGGUUUGGAAUCUGGCUUCGAAUGGAAGGGCAGUAGUGUUAAGGUAACAGGCUAUAACAGCAAUAACGGCCGAAGCGUAACCCUAUAAUCCCUCGAUAAAAGGGUCAGUCGUCCCAUCCAUUUCUUAACAAAUUUACCCACUCGUUUUAUCCAUUUAUCCUUUCAUUUUGUCAUUGCUUCAUUCCUUUCUUCCUUGCUUUUCUUCACUCUUUUCUUCAUUUUUUCACUCAUCACUCAUUCAUUCAUUGUUUCAUUUGCUUAAGCGUUUCACCAUAGUGAAGCAUACAUUUAAGUAUGAUUUAGAACAAUUAUUUCCCAAACCAGCCAAGGAAUCUGCAUGUUCCAUACAGUGAAAGAAACUUACAGCGACGAAAAAAGCUUAUUAAAAAUAGAAACAAACAAAACAAAACAAAGCAAAACAAAAAGACAUCCAUCAAGCAAAACAAAGCAAUCAAGGCGCCUUAUCCAAUUUACUUUCAGAGAGGAACGGGAGGGUUGAGGGAUUUGGUUGUGUCACGAAAAAUAAGGCUCCCACGAUAAAUAAGGCUAGACCCUAAAUAAGGCUCCAUAAUUUUUGUGAAACCCUCCCCCCACCACACACACCCAACCUCAUUGGCAGUUAAUUGGAAAGUUUACUACCAUAGCACUCCCUUGAUACUCUUCUGGCAACGACUGAUCCCCACUCCGCUCCUCAGUGGUUCCUAAGUCAAAAAUGGUGAAAGAAGAAAAAGGAAGACCUUCUAAUAUAUCUAUCAGUAUUGGUGCAAACUAUUCAUCAAUACUAAUAGCGGUGUUUAUGUCGUAGACGAUUAAGUCAAAAGACGCGUGGAACACUCCUGAGAACUCUACCGAUUUCCCCUACUGCGUUUUUGAGAUAAAAUGCGUGGAUAAAAUGAAGCAGUCAUUCUUGUGUGAAAUAACUGCGACCCAUGAGAAGGACAGCACUAAAGUUGUGCUUGUUACACCGUUGGAGCAGGUGGGUUCAUAAGAGACGAUAGAUCAUUAUUAAAAAGCUAACGACAUAUUUUGACAUAAUCAAGUAUUACCUUAUUGGAUUAUUCUCGCUUUGCGCUCCUGACGAAGGGCUAACGCUCGAAACAUCAGCUUUAGAACUCUUUAUAAUGGCCAAUUGAUAUAUUUAACUCAGACAAUAAAAUAAAAUCAUUCUAUGGUCAGAAAAGCUGCAGCAAGAAGCAAUUAAGCAACAAUUACAAUCCAUCAGUGAUAUCAAAACUUAUUUCAGUCAUACAGAUGGUCCGUUGAGCAUGGAGGACUUUUAGAUAUCUAAUUUUCAUUUGGCAAAUUUCUUGCGGUUUUUGUCAAGGAAUAAAUAGAAAAGUUUUCAGGAAAUUCAAAUAUUUCAUAAAUUUGCAUUGGUUCUGCAACACAUUGCUUUGAAGCUGCUGCUUGGACUUCUGUUAUUCACUUUUGUAUGGACUGCCGAAAAAAACUAUCAAGCGGCUUCAGUAUGUUCAAAAUGCAGCUGCCAGAAUGGUUGCACUUACACCUAAACAUGAACAUAUAUCACCGGUAUUACAGGAACUGCAUUGGCUUCCUGUAGAACAGCGCAUAAUUUUUAAAAUUCUUUUGAUGACUCUUAAAUGUCUGAAUAGCAUAGCACCUUCAUAUUUGUCUGACAUAGUUACGAGGUAUAUUCCUAGGCGCAACUUAAGAUCUGCUAAUGGCCAUCGCCUGUUUGAUGCUAAAUAGCGUCACCACAGUUGUGGAAUGAUAUCCCACUAGGAAUAAGAUCUUGUGAAAGUCUGAACGAUUUCAAGAAAAAACUGAAGAC